UAAAAAUAUGACUUAUUCAGAUAUGGUAACCCUGAGUGAAAUAUCAGCACAAGAAUGUAUAAAUCAGGAAAUAGACCAAGCUAAAUCAACCAGCUCUCAUGAAAUUGUCCAUACUUCCUCAGAUUUCCCACACCAUGGUAUUUUCAACCCUGGUAUCUCCACCUCUGAAGCCAUAUCUAAUCUCAUAAUUCAACCUUCCUCUUACUCAGAAAUUUCCCAUCAGCUGUUCAGAUCUGUAGCCCCAGAGGUAGAGCUAGACAGACAACUGAGAAUAAUCAAAACAUAUGAAGUUUAUGAGGAAGAUCAGCCAUAUGUAACAGAAGUCCAUUUUGUAAAUGAUGAGGAGGCACCUUCAUUAGAACAAUCAGAGUUGAUUGGUCAGGACGAAACAGCAGCAGGGUGUAUGACCAAAUUAAAUGACCUGCAAAUGUUUGUCAAAAAGAAAUAUGGACCAGAAGAAGAGGAAAAAAAUGGAUUAAAUGACAUUUACAACAAGGAUGAAACAGCAUCAAAAUGUACGACCACAGUAAAUGACUUGCAAAUGUUUGUAAAGGAGAAAUAUGCUACAGAAGAGGAGGAAAGAAAUAGACAAGAUGAGUUUUCUAAUAAAAAUGAUGAAGUUACAUUGAUUCAGGAAAAGGACAUUAAAUCAGAGCAAAGCCUGAGAAGAGAGAAGAGAACUGAUGUUUUGGAACUUAGAUAUGUCAUGGAUGAUAAAUCAAGAACAUGGAUGUCACAUGGAGUACAAGAGCAAAUGUUACUUCAUAAAGUUGUAGAAAACUAUGAGGGGGUUGAAGGAAAGAUGGAUGGUUUGCAGGUGGUUCAAAGCAUGAGGGAAGCAUCCAAAACACAAGGUGAAAUAGAGCUGGAAGCAGAAGUAUGUGGAGACACUGAAAUGUUGACAGGUCAAGCAGCACAGCAGAUUCCCUGUCUCGCUCCACUGAAACCAGCUCUACCAGUCAUUCAAGAAUGUGGCCCUGAAGAAUGCACUCAAGCCCCUCCUUCCUCUGAGCUAGUAAAGGUAUCGUUUGCAGAUUCAAGCAUGGUAACACACAGUCACCUGGAGACUUGGCUCCACCCCUCAGCCCCGCACCAGUCUAGUGGAGAGAUAUCACCACUAGAGGACACAACAAGGAGCAAAUAUCAAAUAACCUCUGAUAAGCACCACGUUGAGGCGAAGGAACAUAUACACAGCGAAGAGACUAAGGAAAUAGCCACAUUUUUUACAAGCAGACAGAACAGUAAAAGUCGAGAACCAAACAGUGCAGAGACUGAGAGCACAGUUCGGCAGUCCACUCUAGGCAUAGACAAGAUCUCCACAAUAUACACAGGAGAGGCCUUUGGACACAGCAAAGACGCAAGCAACAAACAGGGGGAGGUCACAGUGACAAAGGUAAAGACAGCCACAGAUAACAUCAGCACCUUCACUCACAGAAAUGUGGUAAAAAUCAGUGAAACCACAGCAGAAGAUAGAAGAGAAGAGGAAGAUCUCCAUACUUCAGACGUUAUCACUUUCCCUGACCACCAGCUUGCAACACGUUUUAUACCAGGUGACAGAUUCUUUCAUGCAUCAACUGUUCUCGAUACUGUGAUUGAAGAGCCAGAAUCUGAGAUAGAAUCAGACAUAAACAUGAACUCUGCCAUUGCGGUCCUAAGCACGACCCUCAAUCGACCAUCAUCUACUCGGGAGAGUAGAGAGGAUGUCAUGAUGGUCCGCAAAGUGUCCUUGGUCAGCACUGAGAAUAACGGAAGCUUAGGGAACUAUGAAAGUCCAUUAGACAGCUUUGGGUUAAGAGAUCAGUCAGAGCAAAGCAAAGCCAGUCCUGAGCUUCGAAGGAGGUGGAAUAGUCUUCAUUCUAGCUCUGAAGAAAAGCAAUCCAGCUUCACAGAGAGUUCAGACUAUAAACUAACGGACAGAACAUACCUGCAUUCCUCUCAACUGUCCCCAAGCUAUGAAAAAACAGUCUACACUUCUCAUUUUCGCUCUCCUGGGACACUGGAAACCCAGCCCACUGCUUUUUUCUCAGAAACCGCUGGUAGUCUUGGCAACAGUAGCUGGAAAGUCAGAGAGAGCGAAGUUCAACUGAGCAGUGAGAGUUACAGUAGUGGGAGGAGCAGGGUGGAGCAUAGUACACCUGUCGGAGCGAGAGAGGGAGAGAGAGAGCAGAUUAGAAAAGCAAGCUUUGACUCACAGUCAAGUUUAGAUUCCAGCUUGAUCAUCACUGAGACAGAUGAGUCUUUCUCAGGAGUGUACAUAGCGACGCGGGUAGAGCUGCCUUCCUCUCCCAAUACCCCUGACACCCCCUCUACCUCCUCCCUUUCUGAAAUUGAUAGCCUGGUUGACACUCUCAAGAAUAUGGAUCGACCGAUCCGGCAAAGGGUUCAGCGCACCACAUCCAAUACGCCCUUCUCUUCACUGCCACCUAUUGAAGAGGAUGCACCAAUCACUUCCCCAACUCCAGUGUCACCAAUUACUGAGCCAAAGAAGAUCUUGAAUGGAGUAUCCAGUUUGCCUCCAGACAUCGGUCUCAACUGGAGUUCCCCCAAGGACAUGCGCUCUCCUUUGACCAUGAUGAAGGAGCAGCAGUCUGGAGACAGUCCGAGUCGUGGGCUUACCUUGCCCCUGCGAGCUUCGGCCCUGAGUAGCAUUGUCAUGCGCAGGAGCUCCCUCAACGACCUGAGCACUGAAGAGGGAUCUACAACAGGGCUUGUCAAUGGAGGCGGACUUCUCAGCCCAUCUCGCCUGGAAAAUAGCCUCCUCUUCCAGGCAACUGAGAACGGCAAGACCUCAAAUCGCUCCAUUUUCCGUGCAGCCUCUCUCCCCAAUAUUGGCACCAGCUAUGAACGUAUCAGCUCAGCCCCCAAAGGAACAGAUGCUCUUCUUGGGCCCCGUUUCGAGCGCUUCUCAUACCUCACAUCUCCAUCGAGUUCCCUCAGUGGGAUUGCUGAAACAUCUCGAAUAAGCAUGUCUCCCUCAAUGCAACAAAAUUCUGGAACAGAGACCUCCAGCUUCAACCACAAGUCCUCUCUAGAACUUUAUCGCUCUCUGCCCUCUGAAUCUCUCCUCAAGAACUCUCAACCUCUAGGUCUUCAGCGAAGCAGUAGUGUUGAUGUAGGUUUCCUAAUGAACGAAACCAAAGCCUUCCAAAUGAAUCAAAAGCAGGAGCCAGAGCAAAACGUAGCUCUUAAAUACAGAGCCUUCCCUGAUGCAUAUCUCACAAAAGAGAAGGAGCAUGGCAAGCUCAAUCCACGACCUGGAAAGAUGUUAAUAUAUGACCAGCCUGGACUGACCGGCCAGAGAAUUGAAGUGCGUGGUGAUGUUGUGGAUGCUACACCAUGGGAGUUUACAGACAUAAUUUCAAUCAGAGUGAUUAGAGGAGGUUGGGUGUUGUAUGAGAAACCAGACUUCAAAGGGGAAAAGAUAGCUCUGGAUGAGGGGGAUAUAGAGCUGUCAAACCCAUUCAAACUGCCAGAUGAAGAAGAGGUUCAUGAGCAGAAUAGAACAGCACAGGAUAAUGGAGAAGAGGACCAAGAGUCCAAGCCACAGCCAAAGAGGAAGUUCGUCAUUGGAUCCAUACGGCGAGCAGUGAGGGAUUACAGUGUUCCAGAAAUAAGUCUUUUCCCGGAGGAGAAUGCAGAUGGCAAAAAGGUCACAUUCAGAGACACAUCAGAUGAUGCCAGAAUCUUCAGCUUUCCAAUCAAAGCAAACUCCAUCAUCAUCAAUGCUGGACUCUGGUUGGUGUUUGCUGAACCCUUCUUUCAGGGCGUCCCACGAGUGCUUGAAGUUGGGGGUUUUCCCAACCCUGCUGCCUGGGGUGUCACACACCCGUAUGUGAGCUCCCUGCACCCACUUAAAAUAGGGGAACCUAAAGUGGAAAACCUUUAUGAGCCAAAGAUUGUGAUCUAUGAAAAGCCUUAUUUCACUGGGAAAAGCAGAGAAAUCUACACCAGCAUGAGAGAUUUCAUGACAAGAGUAGAAAGACAACAGUCAUUGUUCAUGUACAGUGCUGGAUCCAUUAAAGUUAUUGGAGGAUGCUGGGUGGGCUAUGAGAAAGAGGGUUUCCGUGGUCACCAGUAUCUUUUGGAAGAGGGAGAGUACCAUGACUGGCGGGUGUGGGGAGCGGUUAACUCAGAGCUGCGCUCAGUCCGAGUCAUCUACGCCGACCUGUCUGAGCCCAUGCUGGUAUUAUUUGGGAGUCCUGAAGAGGAAAACGAGGGGGAGGAAGAACCCACAUUUGAGGUGACGGAGGCAGUCGCGGAUGUGGAGGUUUUUGGGUUCGGCAUCAACACCAGCUCCAUCCAUGUGCUGAGGGGAGCAUGGGUUGCCUACUCUCAUGUGGAUUUCUCAGGUAACCAAUACGUCUUGGAGAAAGGCUUCUACAACAACUGUGGAGACUGGGGUUCUGGAGACAACCGCAUCUGCUCUUUACAGCCUAUUCUACCUGCACCUAGUGAAGGGCCCAUCUUCAGAAAUGAGGUGCUGCUCUAUUCAAAGGCAAAUUUCCAGGGCACAUGUAGGGUGUGUCAUCAGAACCAGGGAUGUUUGCCUGAAAAUCUUAUAGUCAAGUCAUGCAGAGUGGUAGGAGGGAGCUGGGUGUUGUAUGAAAGAGACCGGUUCACAGGAGGCCAGUAUGUUUUAUCUGAAGGGUAUUAUCCCAACCUGACCAGCAUGGGCUGUCAACCUGACUGCUAUAUUCGCUCUGUCAAAGCAGUUCCAAUGACCUUCUCAGUGCCAUCGAUCUCUCUCUUUGGACGAGAGUGCUUUGAAGGUCGGGAGGUCACUUUUGAUAUGCAGGUUCCCAGCAUGCAGGAAGAAGGCUUUAAUACACAGUACCUCUCUGUCAGGGUCAACAGUGGAUGCUGGGUGUUAUGUGAACAUAGUAACUACAGGGGGCGCCAGUUCCUUUUGGAGCCUAUUGAAAUCACAAACUGGUACAAAUUCAGCUCUCUCUCCAGUAUCGGCUCUCUGUAUCCAGUCAGACAAAAAAAAAGACUGUUCCGCAUAAGAAAUAAGGAGACUGGCCACUAUGUGUCAGUGCAGGGUGGGGUUGAGGACAUGAAGACGGGCCGUGUGGUCGUAUCAGAGAAGGUGGAGGGAAUGAGCGAUGUUUGGCUUUACAAGGACGGGCUCAUCAAGAACAAGCUGGCUCAGUCCAUGAGUCUACAGGUGGUGGGUAAUGUUGAGUCAGGUGCGAAAGUGGUGCUUUGGACUGAAUCACGUGUGCCAAUACAGACAUGGAGUGCUCAGGUCAGCGGCAAAAUCUCCAGUGUCAACUUCCCAGGAAUGGUGCUAGAUAUCAAAGGUGGUAAGACAUAUGACAGACAACAUUUAGUGAUACGAAAGGAGAAUGAGGAGCAGGGGACCCAGCAGUGGGUGUUGGAGUUUGUCUAACCCUGCCCUUUCCUCUUUACACUGACUCCACACAUUCCUCCUACCCUGACAAAUAAAAGCACUCUGUAAUCUGAUUUAAGACACUUGUAGGGGGUGCCAGUGAGUCGAUUUCACGUACAUGCAGAGGAUGAACAGAGGAACUCAACAGAUUAGUUUUUCUGAUCUGUAAAAGACAAUUUAUGUGUAUUACACUGUGAUCAAAUACCAACUAUAAACAUGCUAGUUUUUAUUUUAUUUUAUUUUUUAUUAUUGUCAAAUGGUGGCGACUCACAUCUGGGGUGUGUUAUUUACACAUGGUUUUAAUGCAAGAGAUAAAGAUAAUGAUUUUUGAGACUUACAGCCCAUAGUUUCACUCUACACAGUAAUGAUAGUGCUCAUAGUUACCCUGGAUAAUGAUGGGGAAGUGUAGCUUAAAAAAAACAUGGAAAAAAAUAGUUUUUUAUCCUGUUUGUUUCCUUAUACAUCAUUUACAUCUAUUUGUUGAAUAUACUGCAUUUGCAUUAGUGCCCACACUGCUGUCUUUGUUGUCAUAAAAAAUAUAUGAUAUAUAAAAUUAUAAAGCCAGUGACUUCUGAAGGUCAGAUAUGACCUUCAUUUCUAUUUAUUUAGUUUUUAUUAUUAUUUUUAUUUUAAUUUACAUGCUAAUAUUUUUUUUCCUGGACUUUCAUUAUACAUCUUGGGUAUAGUCUGGUAUACUAUAGUAUUAAUGUCUGCUAUUCAUUUAUAGCCAUUGCUACUGCUAUUGGUGUUUAUCCUGAUGAGUUUCCAGUUGGUUCGGUCUGUCAUCUUAUUUUAAAUACCAAAAAGUGUGAUGUCAGAGUCAGUGUAAAAUUGUAAUGUUAUUUUUUGGAAAACCAAGAAACAUUAUUCUGUAACUUUUAUUUUUCAAAUUUCAAUGUGAAAUAUUAUGUAACAGGGAGUGGCUUUAAUUUUGUAAUAAAACAAAGUAUAUAAUAUAUUAAUACUACUGUAUAUAGUUGGUUUUCAGUUGUUGUAAAUAAUACAUUAACUUUUUUUUAUCAUUGAGAUGUAUUGAUGUUUUCUCGGACCUACAGUGGGGUCCAAAAGUCUGAAACAACAAUUGAAAAUUAUUCUAUUUUGCAUUUAAAUUUAAUUUAAUUUCAGUUAAAAAUUAUCGGCAUAACAAUUUUAGCAAUAAGUUGAAUAGCAAAAUAAAAAUGAAUUUCAAAAUUUCUCAGUAUUUGUUUUACAUUUUUUUAAGAUUUGAGAAUGUUCUUAAGAGCAUCUUGUGUGCUUCAAAGAAAGCAAGGAAAUCUGACCUUUUGUUCAAAGGACAAAUUUGAUCUUAUAUGAUUAGUAAAAUAGUUUAUUUGAAACCUAGUGCUGAAUCUGAAAUAUUUAUCAUUCAUUUUACAUUAUAAUGUUUUUUGUUUCAUCUUUUCAGAUUUAAAUUAAGAUUUUGAAUCUCAGACUUUCAAUGUGCUCUCAGACGUUUGGGCUCACUGUAUGUUAAUAUUUAAAAAUAUUUUUUCAAAUACAAUUUGUAUCAGUAUUCAUAUGGCUUAUUUAAUUAGGUACUGUAGGUCAAUUCAGUUUCAGGUAGCUGUACUGGAUGUAUUAGCAAAUGACUGUAUGACUGUACUGUUCUUGUUAAACUGAUAUCAGAUUCGAUCAGCGAGAUUCAUAUACUCCAGCAUGACCUGGCUGGAACAGUGAGUCCAGCAAUAGCAUGUACACUACGUGUUGAAAGACUCACAAAAUCUGAUAGUGGUGUUUCAGCUAAAGGUAAUGAGAAGUAUGCAGAUGUUCUGAUAGAUUAACUGCUAACGUGACUACAAAUGCGUGACACACCUCACAAUGUUGCUCUUUUAGGUGGAGAUGAAUCCUUGUAAUGAUAUUUUAAACAUUUGACUUGUGUUUGUAUGUGUACACAGUCACUUCCAAGUUCAACUUAACGUCUCUGUUGACAUUAAGUACACAUUCCCACAUUUCUCAAAGUAUUCUCAUAUUCAGCGGCUAUCAAUUAACUGAUAUUGAGUGCUCUUCUUAAAGGUAAAAGUAAAAUAUAA